CCGGCGCGCUCUUCAUCUCUUCCCCCAACUUCAUUCCGUCUUUUCGGCGCCGAACUUUUCUUCCGACCGCAUUCGAGGCCCUCCGACUUAUGGAAAUUGUUUUCCCAACCCACGCACAUUGUCGACCCAUCGCGUCUCGGCCGCCGAAAUUUCCACGCGCCAGGAUGUAACGGUCAAGGCCGCCGGCGACCAGCCUGGGCCCGUAUAAAAGGUAGGUGUCCAGCAUCGUAGGCAUAACGUAGUAUCUCAUUAAACUUGCCGUCUUUGCCGCCCUCGAACCUCUACUCUACCACUGCGUACAGAGCACGGAGAUCCGAGAUACCACACUUCUCUGCGAGCCGGCCAUGUAUCAAGCACAAGUGGACGAAUGGGGACAGGCUCCUGUAUACACCAAAGUCGACGAACUUCCCCCACCCAGCGCCGACGAGAUCCAGGUCAAAGUGUUGGCCUGCGGCCUCCACCGAGUCGUACGCAGCAGAGCAGCUGGCAAGCACUACUCCAGUGGAACCCUCCCUCACGUUCCCGGGAUCGACGGGGUGGGAGUCAGCGCCGAAGGCAAGCGAUACUACUUCUUCUCUUUUGCCAUUGGCGCCAUGGCGGAUAUCGUCAAUGCGCCGAAGCGUACCUGCCUUCCGCUCCCCGAAGGCGUCGACCCCAUCCAGGCUGCCGGUGUCAUGAACCCCGCCAUGUCGAGCUGGAUGGCGUUGCAGAAUCGAGUGUGCAACUUACCCAAGGACUUUACUAUUUUGAUUCUCGGUGCGACCUCCGCUUCUGGACGAGUGGCUAUCCACUUUGCGCGCGUGUUCGGGGCGAAGAAAGUCAUAGGCGCCGCUCGGAAUCGAUCCGCACUCGAAACUCUCGGUCUCGACGAGAGCAUCGUCAUCGCAGACGAAGCAAGCGAGACCGACUUUGGCUCUCUCGCAGAUGUCGACGUCGUACUGGACUAUGUUUACGGUCCGCUGACGGAACACUUGUUGAAGACCGUCAAGCCUGCGAAACGAUUACAAUACGUCCACAUCGGAGCCAUCUCAUCCCCAGACAUCACUCUUCCAGGCUCGGUGCUUCGCUCGAAGAAUUUGACAAUCACUGGAUCGGGCGCCGGGGCGUGGAGUCAUGCGGAGAUGGGAGAUGCGAUACCGAGUCUGCUGGAUGCGUUAAGAACCCUUCCCGAGCAGCCUGUGCGAGUGGCGAAGCUGGCCGAUGUGGAGACGGAGUGGGCGAGUGAAGGCAGUGAGAGGCUGGUGUUUGUGCCUUGAUGUUAUUUGGCGUAAUAUUCAUUAGAAAUAGAG